AUGAUGGGCAGUGGCAAGAUCUGGCUCCUGGCUGCUUUGAUGCCAGUGCUGCUGCUCCACCUCAGCAGCAGGUCGGAAGCAGCAAGCACCUUCGACUGCUGCCUUCGGUAUACAGAACAGGUCAUUCCGAGCAAAUUUCUCAAGGGCUUCAUACAGCAGCUGGCCAAUGAAGCUUGUGACAUCAAUGCCGUCAUCUUCCACACAAAGAAGGGGUUCGCUGUGUGUGCAGAUCCGAAGAAGAAGUGGGUGAAGCAUGCUGUGCACGUCCUCAGCCAAAGAGUCCGGAGGAUGUGAAAGCUGGCGAUCUCUGGAGUGAAAUUGGACACGGCCACUCGCACGUCGGUGAGGGCUCAGCCCUUCUCUGAUUUGUGUCAUUGGACUUGUCCAGUUAAUGAAGUUGAUACAUAUUGCAUCACACUUGGCUUCGUUAAAUGCUGCAUUAGAGUCAAACUAUUUUAUGUUAAGUUAUUUAUAUAUAUGGGCUUUUGUGUGUAUGUUUUGCUAUUUAAUAAUAAUUUCCCAUAAACUUUUUAGUUUAGUACAAGGUAUAACAUUAUGCUUGGAGGACUAAGAUUAUAUGAAUUUCUUUUGCAAGUAGCAGCUCUUUUUAAAGUUAUUUAACAGUCUUCUGUUUAUAGUUUUGUUUCCUAAAUUGUUGUAAUACCUGUAAAAGAGGAAAACGAUGA